AUGGCUCAUUUCGGAUCUCUAGUAAAAGCACUGUUGCUUCUAGUAGUCUUAAAUGCCCAGAAGUGUCUCUGCCAGAAUAGCACCCCGACCGCAUAUACGGACAGUGCCACCGGCAUAACCUUUGACACGUGGAUAGUUCCGGAUAAAGCAAACGGCGCUGUCAGUGGCUCUAUCGUAGGUGGCUACACUUUCGGCGUUGCGCUUCCCGAGAAUGCCUUAACCACAAAUGCGAAUGAGCUCAUAGGAUAUCUGAAAUGCGGUUCGAAUGGCACGACGACAAAUGCCUGGUGUGGCAUAUCAUUCGGAGGCACGAUGACGAACAGCCUGCUUCUCAUGGCCUGGCCAUACGAAGAUCAAGUAUUGACGUCGUUCCGUUUUGCCACUGGAUACAGCGCUCCGGCUGUUUACACUGGCAAUGCUACGUUGACUCAGAUAUCUUCAACCAUCGAUGAGAACCACUUCAGUGUCAUCUUUAGAUGUCAAAACUGUUUCUCCUGGGAUCAAGACGGGGCGACGGGUUCUGCAUCGACCAGUAGCGGCACUUUAUUGCUAGGCUGGGCUAGCUCACUCAAGGCUCCAACGAACCCAGCCUGCCCAGCUGAUAUCGCCCUUCAAUUCCACAGCAAUGGCGACAGCUUAUAUAACGCCAACUUAGACUCGGCUGCUGCUAAUCCAUCCUAUACCGAAUGGGUUUCCAAAGCCACUGCUACCGUGACUGGUAGCUGCGGGACAACAACACCUACGACCACUACAUCUGUAAGCACAACUACUACUACUAGCGCUACAGGCGUUCCCGUUCCAACGGCUACUUACGAUUAUAUCGUAGUUGGUGCAGGAGCUGGCGGGAUCCCGCUAGCCGAUAAAUUGAGCGAGGCCGGAAAUAGUGUCUUGCUCAUUGAAAAGGGGCCCCCAUCCUCCGGCCGAUGGGGCGGGUCAUUGAAGCCAGAGUGGUUGGAUGGUACGAACUUGACUCGAUUCGACGUUCCUGGUCUAUGUAACCAAAUAUGGGUUGACUCGACAGGUAUUGCUUGCACCGAUACGGAUCAGAUGGCAGGAUGUGUGCUGGGUGGCGGAACGGCCGUCAACGCAGGCUUAUGGUGGAAGCCGUACUCUUUGGACUGGGAUUAUAACUUUCCUACUGGAUGGAAAUCAGCAGAUAUGGCUGCUGCGACGUCGCGAGUAUUCUCUCGCAUUCCGGGAACAUACGCUCCGUCAAUGGACGGGAAAAUGUAUUAUCAACAAGGCUUUGAGGUUCUUAGCGGUGGUUUGAAGACUGCAGGGUGGGCUGAGGUUACUGCGAAUGACGUACCUGAUGAAAAGAAUCAUACCUACUCUCACACACCCUUCAUGUUUUCUGGUGGUGAAAGGGGCGGUCCUAUGGCUACUUACCUAGUGUCAGCCAAUGGACGUACAAACUUCCAUUUAUGGACGAAUACGUCAGUAAAGAGAGUCGUCCGAACCGGUGGUCAUAUCACUGGUAUAGAGGUUGAACCGUUCCUAGAGGGUGGGUAUGCAGGCACCGUCAAUGUCACAUCAGUUACGGGUAGAGUCAUCCUAUCUGCUGGGACUUUUGGAUCGGCCAAGAUCCUGCUGAGAAGUGGAAUUGGUCCGGCCGAUCAAUUGGCUGUUGUCCAGUCGUCAGCUGAUGGACCAUCAAUGAUCUCGAAUACCUCUUGGAUUGAUUUGCCUGUUGGAUACAACUUGGAAGAUCAUACAAAUACCGACACUGUCAUCACGCAUCCCGACGUGGUCUUCUACGAUUACUAUGGAGCCUGGGACAACCCCAAUACAACAGAUAAGGAUCAAUACAUCAAUUCUCGGUCGGGUAUGUUCGCCCAAGCGGCUCCAAAUAUUGGGCCAAUGUUCUGGGACGAAAUCACAGGCGAUGAUGGAAUUGUCCGUCAACUCCAAUGGACUGCUAGGGUUGAGGGAAGCGAUGGCACACCCAGUGGAACCGCUAUGACCAUGAGCCAGUAUCUUGGACGCGGUGCCACAUCGAGGGGUCGAAUGACGAUCACGAAAGCAUUGAACACCGUUGUCUCCACACUGCCAUACCUGCGCGAUGAGAACGAUGUUCAAGCAGUUAUUCAGGGGAUAAAAAACCUUCAAUCGGCCCUCUCUAAUGUCCGGAAUCUGACUUGGACAUACCCGUCUGCUAAUACGACAGUCGAAGACUUCGUUAAUGAUAUGCUCGUUUCGUACACCAACCGACGUUCGAACCAUUGGAUUGGAACUAAUAAGCUAGGAAGCGAUGAUGGUCGAGCGAACGGCUCGGCUGUAGUAGAUCUCGACACGAGGGUCUAUGGGACGGACAACUUGUUCGUCGUCGACGCUAGUAUCUUCCCUGGCCACAUUACCACCAAUCCUUCAGCAUAUAUCGUCAUCGCGGCUGAACACGCAUCAGAGAGGAUUCUUAGCUUGUCUUUGUCUCAGGCGCAAUCACAGUCGGCUCAAUGUGGGGGGCUUAAUUGGACGGGUAGCUUCCAGUGCACAGCGCCUUACACUUGCACGUAUCAAAACGCUACUUAUUCACAGUGCCUUUAAACUGUACAUAUACCUCGUAAGAUGGGAAAUUCCAGUACAUAUAUCUCUCCAUAUCGAAAUCAAACGAUGUAAAUAGUAUCAGAUGAUUGGUAUCGCUCUCAUGG